CGGCUAACAACCUCCACUACCUGGAUUGACACCGCACCUGAUGGUGGUGCGUGUGAGGUACAACUUCUGAAGUGAUCCACUCUAAAAUUCCCGGCAUCUCGAAAAGCAUCGCCUGCGCCGACAGCCACGACCAAGCAAUCGAGCAAAACCCCGUCGCUACUCGCCAACGCGACCGAUUCGCGGCCUCCUCCUAGCCCAUGACACUACCAGUUCUAGAGGCCAUGCAAUAGCGCGCCCAACCCUCACAAUGGCCGAAGUAACCACCCUCGAUGCGCUGCAGCUUUUCCACCGCGACUUAGCUGCCGUUCGCAACGGACGUCCUGAAGGCGUCGAGUCCUUGGACAACCCCGAGAUCCACGCCUUGUUCGAAACGGAACUCGAGAAAACAUGGCAGAGGCCUCAGAGAGAUGAGAAGAGUCGGCAGGCCGUCAAGUCCGGCAAGCUCGUCAUCGACGAAGAAGAAUACGCUCUCAACGAAGAGUUUCAGCAGAUUGUACUCAACCUUGCCGAUGAGGCCGAGAUUAAUGAAAUCGAAGCGACGCGAUGCCUGCUCGACGCAAAAGAUGAUCCCGCCAGUCUAGGGCGCUCGCUGCUCGAGUGCGGGCUGAUUCGAGUUCAUCAACAACGCAAAUACACCCUCGACAUUGUACGACUGCUGAUGGAAAUUGACGCGUUGGAUGAGGAAGAUGUCGACCCAGAGAUACUCAACGUCGUACAGAUGUGCUUGUCAGCGACUGUGUUCCAUAACUUACCCGGCGAAACUGCUUCGUCACAAAAGAGACUACUCCCAAGGUGCAUGUCAGCGAUGCAAGACGUCCGGGCUUGGCUUCAGAAGAUCGCCGACAAGAUGACAGCAGCGGCCGUAUUGAUCAACGGCAGAGGCGGUCAGGUCCCGGAGGAGAUGGAGACGAUUGAGUUUUCUCGUGUCAGCCUCUACCAGCAACACGAGAUCCUAGCCGUCAUCCUCUGUCGCACAAUUGAGAAGCGAGAGGCUGAAAUUGGCGAUUUCAAAGCUUUCUUACAGAAUCUGAGGAAUGCCGACAGAUAUGACGUCCUGCUCGCGCAUCUGUUUCCUGCCCUGGGCGCAUACAUAACACUCUACGGCUCGACUGAAGGCAUAUCAAACCUGAACAUGGCCAGAGAGCUUAAUCCGAUCAUUUGUCCGCAGAACGACGAGAGCCCCUGGCGCCUAGUCUACUUACAGGCAGCGGUCAAAGCUUGGUGGCUGUCUGAGUAUAGUGGAUGGUAUCUGGAUGACUCGCUUCUCGGCGGCUUGGAAGGUGUGGAUUUGGAUCAAGAGGAUCGACAGAGGUCCAAGCAGUUCAUGGAGGCGUUGAAAGACGGUGCUUUCGAUUUCAUCCUCUCCAUUGCUGCAGAUGUCAAGACCCCUGAAUGGGUCGACCCUUCAAGGAUUACCAUGCGCAACUGGCUUCAGCGGAAGGCUCCUCCGCUCAUCUCGGACUCGAUUGUUUUUGCCGAAUACUUCCAAGAGUUACUAAUGAACCAGCUGGAGGUCUUCGUUGACGCCUUCAUCUCCAAUCUCCCCGACGUUCUCAGGAAGCUUCGCGUCGAGGAAGAUGAGCAACGCCAACUCAGCCAGGCACACGAGCAAGACCUAGACCUGGAGCGCUUUCUGGUCAUCAUAGCCUACGCGUACGAAGGCCGUCCUGAUGCCGCGAUGAAUUUCUGGUCGGACCCUGACAGCAAUCUGGCGGGCUUCAUGCAUUGGGCGUCACGGAGAGCUUCAACGCCACUCGUCAGUUCGUUCUGUGAGAUGUUGCAGGCCAUUUCUGGGAACGAUGAAUGCGCGACAGCUGCUCACGAGUUUUUACUGGAUGAAGGACAUCAUGCAUCGGGGAAGAUGAGGCGGUCGCAGUCCCUUACCUGGCACCAAAUCUUUAGGGAGCUUGUCUUCUUCUCUAACAAGAUCAGAGAGAAAGCCACGGCCCCCCAGGUCUCGUCAACGUAUCGACCCGGCCGUCCCAGCAGCGACCAGGCCGAAUCCGAGCCGGAGUCUACAAUGAUGCUACAGUCAUACCUGCGGCUCAUCACCAAGCUUGCUUCAGAGAGCGAGACUGCAAGGCAGUUCCUUCUGAAGGAGCCCAGCUUCAACCUUGUGGAGAUGCUUUUCCAGCUUGCCAGCAGUCCAGUUCCGGCGGACCUCCGCGCAGGCACCUUUUUGGCUUUGCGCGCAUUGAUCUCUCGCAAAACACAAGAGGAAGCCAACAUCAUGUGGCAAUGUCUGGAGGCCUGGAUGAACGGUGCUUACAUAGUGACCCCAAGUCAGCACCGAUCCCCCCAGAGCUCACCGGUUGUGUCUAUGGACACGGUCAGCGACGACAUCUGCCACGGUUUCGAUGAGCCACAUGCCUUCAUCCAGCUCUUGAUCGCACUGGUCACUCCCCCGGAGGAUAGCAGCCCACUCAACGACUCACUGCCCUUCCCGGAGAACCUCGGGUCGGCUAACCGCAUGCCUGGGAUCGAAAUCUACGUUGACACUGUUCUGGGCAAGGUUUUUGCAAACAAGGCCAACGAAGUGAAUGACAUCAACCAGCUAAGGAUGCUGCGCCUGAGCUGUCUUGAGUUUGCAGCAACCUGUCUCUCAACGUUCAAUGAAAACCUGAUUGUCAUCGCAAACGAAACCAAUAUUCCCAUUGAUUCGGCCAUGGCGGCGACGGAUUUGGCAACCUAUGUCAAGUUACACCCUUUUGCCCGAGUUAUGGAAUGGAUGUUCAACGACAAGGUCAUUGCGGCUCUCGCCCAGACCAUCCAUCAGGAUGCCGUGGAUGUCGGCAACGCACCGCCCGAUUCGCCAGUCAUCCUGGGUAUUCUGAGAGCUGUGGAGGUUAUCUCCAAGGUUCUGGAUCUCCAGGCAACCUUCCUUGAUCUUGUCCGGCCCCUGAUCAAGAUGCAGUCUAAUCACCGGCGCCCCCCUGUCGCCAACGCUGCGUAUGCUUCGUUCGAAGACGGUCUGGUCGGCCAUCUCGGUCUUGUAGUUGACCUGGGAAACUACUGCGGUCUUGGCCAUCCCGAACUAACACUGUCCUGUCUGAGAUUAUUACAAAAGAUGACGGCAUCGUUCAAGAUCACUUCGGCAUGGUCAUCCACACCUGGCCGCAAAAGCCAUCGCAACAAAGCCAUUGUCGCGCUCGAGGCGAAUGGAGAGCACGAGACUAUAGCCCGAUCGCUCGCCGCGGAGCUGAUGACGCCCCUCGACUGGGGACGGGAAGCCGAGUCGCCCAGCUAUCUCACCAAAACAUACAUUCUCGACUUUCUUUCAAGCUGCCUAGCAGCAAGCCCCGACAAGCCUACGAUUGCUCAUCUCCUACUGGGCUUUCACUGUGGCGUUGACUCGCUGUCUAUAGAGCCCAAUGGGACUUUUGCCUCCCGGACGUCCGUCUUCCACAACAUGUUGAGGUUGCUGUUGGACACACCAUUUGGUGAUGCACAAGGUAUGCGGCAUUGGCUUGUGUCCUUGAAGAGCAAGUCUAUGCAUAUCCUGAGGGUCUUGUGGACAUCACCUCUAUCGGCCCCUUUUGUUAUCGACGAGCUCCGAGAUAACGAGGUCCUGUUUCAUCUCCUGCUCCGCGAGGUAGUUAUCCAGCCCCAAUUGCCGUGGGAAAACCAAGAUAUCAGCGCCCCUGAUUUCCCGCUCACUGAAGGUGCGCCGACUUUUAUCGAGUUUCUUGCUCUGCGCAGCAUGAGCUUAGAGUACAUUGCGAUGGAACUCUGCAGUAUAUCGCAGAGUCGGAUGCCAUCCCUCAAGCGACGGAUUUUCGAGGCUCUCAACGGCCAGAUCGUGGGCGAGAACAACGAGCCCAUGCCCAUCCCCACCGUGUUCGACUUGUACGACUUUUCACUACCCGAGGGUAUCUGGGAUGAAUCACUCCCUGCCCUUCAGUUUUACAAGGACCUCGAUCUUAGUACCUGUCUUGAGGAGGACGAUCACGGAAACGCCAUCUACAACGUCGACCGAGCGAGGGAGAUCCUGUUACUUAAACGCAGUGAAAGAAAGCAUGAUGGUGUCGUCCUGACGGCGCAAGAUUUUGCCACUCUGGAGCGGGAAGAGACGUUAAUCAUCAACUAUCUCAUCUUCACCAACCGUCAAAAGCGGAUGGCGUCGCAAGGUCUCGGUGUUCUAAAGACGUGGACGAAUCUGCUUCUCGUCAUGGUCGCAUCGAACGAGUUCAAGGGCACAACCGAGGCCUCGUUCUACCUGCAAGCGCUACAAGCUAUCCUGCCCGGCCUGGAGGCUUCGGCGUUCGAGCGGCCUGAGGAAGCGAUGGAGCUUGCUAAGCUGGCGAGGGUCCUCCUCUUCAAACUCGACUUGAGCUCGAAGCCUUCGCUGGACCGAGAAAGCCAGGCUAUUGGUAGUCUCGUGAGCGACAAGCUUUACCAGCUGUUCCAGGUCUGCCUGCAAGCCAUCGGCAAGUGGACCGGCUCCUCACAGCUCCGAGCAAUCUACUACAGCAUUUGCUACCGCUACUUGACGGGGAUGGUGGACCAAGGACUGCUCGUCGCCGGCCGGCAGAAGACGCUGAAAACGAUCCAGAUGUAUGGCGAGAGGCUCAUCAACGUCAUUUGCGACGACGCGUACAGUAGUGACCCUGCGUGCCAGACCGCCGCCUUCGUCCUCCUCACCGUGCUCGUCAAUCUGGGACGACAAGAAGACGACCCGCACAUUGUCGAAACGCUCAACCGGCUCAAUUUCAUUGGCAUCCUCGUCGACUCGCUACGGACCAUUUUGCAUGACUGGACCGAGAUCGUUCACACGGGCAACACGGCGCAGGAGACUUACGUGGCAGCCAAGUUGGCACUGCUUCUGCAGCUCGCACAGACCAAGCCCGGCGCCAAGUACGUUCUGCACGCGAAUCUGUUCCGGUCCAUCGAGGCCUCUGGCCUCUUCGCGGCGGAUCCGGAACUGCAGAUCGACCCUACGAACUCCAAGGCUCUGGAGAAGCAUUACGAGCUGCUCGCCAAGGUCACGCAGGUUGUCAGCGCGGCCAUUGUUAGCCGCGGCUCCAGCAACGUGCUUCAGGGGCGCAGGUUUCUUACGGAGCAUCGUAUGCUAGUGACGCAUACCCUCAAGCGCAGCGCGGGCAUCGGCACGAUCGAAGGGGAGGGUGUCCUGGAGGAGCGCAUCGAGGAGUUAGCUGAGGGCUUCAUGGUUCUGAUCGCCGCGACAGGUUUCCUCGAGUUUGAGAACGAGGUGAUGCCGGAGCCUAAAAGGCAGGGCCCUGUUUUGUUCACUUGAGGAACCAGAUGGAGAGAAAGAGAGAGAGAGAGAGAGAGAGAGAGAGAGAGAGAGAGAGAGAGAGAGAGAGAG